AUGUCGGUUGCGCACGAAGAGUCCUCCAGUGAAGGUUUUAUAAUUGUUGCUGGUCAUGGAGAUGUCCAUGAUUACCCUUCUGCCCCUGCGGUUGGCAUAAAAGAUUGCGAACCAAUUUUAUAUGCAGGGUCUGGAGUUUUUGGGGACGUACCUUGA